AUGUGCUCCGCAGACAUCUUUCUCGGCUUGUUGGCCAUCCUUUUCCCUCCACUACCUGUCUGGGUGAAAUGCGGCAUCUGCAGCGCCGACUCCCUCAUCAACAUCCUCCUCUGCUGCCUCGGCUUGAUCCCCGGCCUCUUCCACGCAUGGUACAUCAUCGCCAAGUACCCCGAGCCGGCAUACGAGUAUGAGUCACUACCCCAAGAAGGCGGCCGCGUCACAUAUGUCUACGUUCAGACUCCGCAUGGACCUCAUUGCCGACCGCCCGCUCCGAAUGGGGGUAUGAACUACGGAACGCAGCAGAGCGGGAGUAACAGAAACCAACAGCAGCAGCAGCAGCCGCACCCACAAGGUUCGCAACAGUCCCAGGCCCAGACCGGUGCCGCUUCUGCGGAGGGCGCUUCGAGUCAGCACGGUGGUGUGCCGCCCAGUUAUGCAGAGGUUGUUGCUGGUGACCACAAGGUUCAGACCCAAGAUUAA